CAACCUGCAAGUUGACACUCAGAUCAAUGUUUAUUUUAAAUGGGCUUAUUCUGCCCAUUUCCCAUUACCAAACUCCUUACCCUCAGUUUCAGUAUUUUGCGUGUUGUCUUCUCUUUCUUGACUAGAUUUUCCUCAUCCUCUAUUGUAAUCCGACCUGGGAAAUGGGUUUAACUGGAUUUUUGUAGGGGGUCUCCAAGUGUCCCAUACUCUUUAUCUAUGAUUCCUGUUCACUUACUGACAGAUAUUUUGGUAGGAUACACUUUCCUCUCUCCUAGAUCCCAUUGAGUUGAGUAUCUGCUACAGGAGCUAGAGUAUGGAAAGAAAACACCUGAAGAAAGAGGUUGAAAAACUCCUGGGAGAUUAUGUUGGCAUCAGACUGCAAGAAAAUAAAUUUGAUCCAAGAGGACAAAGGCAGCCCACUUUUCUAGAUGACAUGGUCCAUUACAACUUAGCCCUCAGCAUUGCUUUGCUGUGGCUAUCUGACUUGGGUGUUCAAACUGCACUGACAAGAGAGAAAACGAAUUUUGCAGCUCACAACCGAUACGCAUAUCCCAACCGAAUUGAGAGAGAAGCUAUGAUAUUAUCUUCGUAUGCUGGAAUAUUAAUGAACAGCAUUCCUGUUGAAGAGAUCUUUGAGAUUUACAGGCCCUCAGCAACACACUGUCAAAGCUCUGCAAAGAACCACUCGAUUCAGCCUUUCAAGCUCUCCCUGCAUCCGUUUGCCAUGCUGACUGCCCCUGAAGCUGCACAGUAUGCCUGCAAGCAAAGCACCAAGUUCAAGACAGCAGCAGCAUAUCAAAAGACCAGCCCUGGUUCAAGGAGAGCUAAAAAGAACAGCAAGCAACUGGACUCACUGACCAAAGGAAAACAACAGGUUGGCAAACAGGGAGUUACAGAAGCAAAACAAGGAAUCCCUCUGGAGAAGCCUGGAACUGAUUCAAAAGCAAGGAAUGCAAAGGAAACAAAGACAUAAAGACCCAGACUUCAUGUACCUCACUUAGCUGUAGGUGAGCUAAUGGAUGUUUGCUGCCUUAGCUUUGGUAAUACAUUUGCAACUCAUAUUUUGUUGUUUUUUUUUUGUUUUGUUUUGUAUUUAAAUCUUAGCAGUCAUUCCUUCCUUCCCGCCUCUUAUAACUUAUAUCCAAGACUGAUAUUCACUCUUCUUCCCUUAGCCACCUCUUUUCUGCUUCCCUGACAGUGUGUUGGGAGCUUACAUUUUCCCAAUACACCCCUACUGCUUCUCAACACACCAUGCUAUUUUUAUGGAGCCAAAGAGAGGAUCCAGCACUUCAGAGACAGGGAGUACACACUUCCCGUUGUCCACAGUGCUGUGCAGCUCCCACGUAUGAUCCAGAGUGGGGCAGGAAUGAGCUUCCCUGCAUGUGACACAAGAGUUGUGCCUCUCAGGAUGAUCCCAUUUUCUUCAGCUGUCCUCUAAUCACCCUGCUUUCUUAUUUCCUUAGAGGCCUCAGCUAAAGAAAAAGCCUCUCUCCGUAGUGCCAGUGUAGCACUGAAGCCUGUCUUCCAUUCCCUGCUUGCU